AAAUAGCCGAGGAAGGUGAAAGCUUGAAUCGAUUCUUCAAAAGAGAGGAAAGAGCUGCUUCAAUUCCAUAAAAAAGCAAGACGGAAACACUAAUCUACUCAUAGAAAUGGACUUCGUUACUGAACAAGGCAAACAGCCGCACGAAGAAUGCUCUACUUUGCUUCUGCCGGCGUUGUCGAUUGGGAAUGUGGGGCAGUUGGCAGUAGAUUUAUUAGUAUCAUCAAUGAAAGCAGAGAGAAUUGGGUACUUGGAUGAUCCUUUUGUGCUUCCCUGUGUUGGCAAUGAUGCUUAUGGGCCUAUUCCUUGCGGCGAGCUUGCCCUCCCUCUUGAAGCUUACCAAUCUUCUUCUAAUGGACUCACUCUUCUUCAACAGAGGUCUCCGGUUGUUAAGGGGAUGAUGGUUGAAUUUGCCAAAAACUUGGCAAAUUUUGCUGCUGCAAGUGGAAAGAAGCAUGUUGUUCUGCUUUCCAGUUUGGACUUUGGAAAAUGGCAGAAAAUAGACAUGUCAAGUGGUCUGCAGAUAUAUUACGUAUCCAGCACCAAUCCUGAUGGAAGAGAUGAUCACUGUGAACAACUUGGAUGGAAAAGGCUGCAAGAAUACAAUCCUGCUCAGAGAUGUUGGAAGCAUCUUAGCACCUUAGCUGAAGGAAACACUAUGCUGGAAAACAAUUUGCCUUUUGAAGAUGAGCUGGAAGAGGAAGAUUAUUACCCAAGUUUGCCUUUUGCAGCACUUUUUUCUUGUUUCAAGGCCAAAGGAUUGAAGGUUACAUGCUUAUUAUGCUAUUGUUCAGAAGGGGACAAUAUGCAGGAUGCUUUUAAUUUGGCUGAGGCAGCAUGCAGUCUAUUGGGGCUUAAUCCUAGUACUUUUCAUAGUAAUGGGAGUGGUAGUUGGCUAACCCCUUUAUCGUGGCAGACCGUCUAUGGACCACCGCCAGAUAUGUCAAUCUUUUAGGCUGGAGCUUAUCAUUUAUAGUCAACUUGACAAUUUGAUCAUCUGUAAAACGUUUGGUUUUGUUAGCAGAUAAGUAGAGAUAGUGUUGGCAUUGAUGGAACAAGGCCUGAGAAAAAUGCCCAACUGAUUACAUUUAUGUCAAUUUUUCUAAAAUGUUAAAACUUUUGCUCAGAAAUGGGUGAAUAACAGCCAGGAAUCUUUUUUUUU